ACUCCAGAGUCUAAACUCAGACGCGAAAACAACUGACUAAGCCAUGUGUUUUUGUUGAUGCACGUGCACACAUGAAAAUAGGAAUAAUUAGGAUCAACCGGGAUAAACCUUGUGUUUGCAGCUGCAAUCUAAUAGUUUUUGCGGCUUUUGCUAUUGUCACCCAUAAUUCAUACAUUAUACUUUAAAAUGGUCAGAGCGGCUUCAAAAAGAAAAGCGUUGGCCGAAACGCGAGUAAAGGAAGCGCCGAAAAUUGAGUCUUUAAAAUUGUCAGAGAAGGAACUUGAAAAUGAAGAGGAUCUUCUGGGAAACAUAGCUUCAAGUGAUGAUGAUAGUGAGGACAGUAAUGAUUACGAAUCUUCAGAAGAGGAACAGCUUGGAGAUGAGGAGGAGGAAGAAGAAGAGCAGUCCAGCGCAAACGAGGAGACCGGAGAUUCAGCUAAUUCAGGAGGCAGUGACUAUGAAUCAUCUGAUGCAGGUCCCUCCAGAGAAUUAAUUAGUGAAGCGAAGGAAGAAACGACAGAAAAUGAUAAAGACGAAUAUGAGAGUGGAGACACCUCUGACGAAGAAGAUUUGAGGAACACAGUGGGCAAAAUACCAAUGCAUUGGUACGAUGAUUACCCAAUGCUAGGCUACGACUGGGAUGGAAAACCAAUUUUGAAGCCAGAGAGAAGAGAUGAGUUGGAUAACUUCCUGAAGAGAAUGGAAGAUCCUAACUUUUGGAGGACCAUUCGAGAUCCUAGCACAGGUCAAGAUGUAAUUCUCAAUGAGAAGGACCUGGCUCUGAUCAAGCGCUUGCAAGAGAGGAAAAUUCCAAAUCCUGAUCAUGAGGAGUAUAAGCCCUGGGUUGACUGGUUCUCAAGCAAGGUGAUGACCACAGCACUUAGACCAAUUCCAGAGAGCAAAAAGUCGUUCCUUCCCUCAAGAUCAGAGCGUGAAAAAGUUUCCAAAAUGGUGCACGCGUUGAAGAUGGGAUGGCGAGUGCCGAGGGCAGAGUUGGAGGCUCAAAGAGCAAAGGAAAAGGCAGAAGGUCCAAAAUUCUUUGACCUUUGGAGCGCGGAUGGUGACGAUGAGAUUAAGAGAAGAGGCAUCAUUGACCAUAUUCCCGCGCCAAAGAGAACCCUGCCAGGCCACGCUGAAUCCUACAAUCCACCUGCUGAAUACCUCUUUAACGAAAGAGAGCUGGAGUUGUGGCACAAGCAGUCUGAGACACCUUGGAAAAGGAAGUGGCAUUUUGUUCCGCAGAAGUUCCCGUCACUCAGAGCAGUGCCUGCAUAUCCUAGGUUUGUCAAGGAACGUUUCCUCAGGUGCCUUGAUUUGUACAUGGCGCCCAGAACCAGAAAGAACAAGCUCACCAUUCAAGCAGAGGACUUACUUCCUGAGCUACCUGACCCUAAGGACCUGCAGCCUUUCCCCACUGCUCAGAGUCUCAUUUACACAGGACACUCAGACAUUGUUCGCACCAUCUGUCCAGAUCCAAGUGGACAGUUCUUAGUGUCUGGCUCAGAUGACUGCAGCAUUAGAGUUUGGGAGGUGUCCACUGGUCGUUGCCUUAAGAUCAUUGCUGCAGGAGCUGAAGUCUCUUCUGUUGCCUGGAACCCAAGCUCUCACCUGAGUCUUCUUGCGGUAGCUGCCGGAAAGAGGUUACUUAUCUGCAGCCCUCAGGUUGGCAGCACUGAAAAACUGACGGCCACUGAUGAACUCCUGGCUGUUCCUCCAGAGGUUGACUCCAACACUGUCGUACCAGAGAGGGUGCAGACUGCUGUCAAAUGGGAGCAGGCAGAAGGCAAGGAUUGGGAUGAUGGCCAUCGAGUUGUGGUCACACACUUCAAGGAUCUUAAGCAGGCAGUGUGGCAUGGCAGGGGAGACUACCUAGCUGUCGUGGUUUCAGAGGGCCUCAACCGGUCUGUCAUUGUGCACCAGGUGUCCAAGAGGCGGUCCCAAAUCCCCUUCAACAAGGCUAGAGGACUGGUGCAAGCUGUCCAGUUUCAUCCUGUCAGACCUAUGCUGUUUGUUGCUACCCAGCGGUCCAUCAGGAUUUACGACUUGGUGAAGCAACAGCUGGUGAAGAAACUGAUGACUGGCUCAGCUUGGAUUUCCUCCAUGGCCGUACAUCCUGGUGGUGACAAUCUUUUGGUUGGUUGCUAUGAUUGCAAGACCUUGUGGUUUGACCUGGACCUGAGUGUCAAGCCCUACCUGAACCUCCGCCUCCACUCAGCGGCUGUGCGAAACGUGGCAUUCCACCCCCGCUACCCCUUGUUUGCCACCGCCUCAGACGAUUGCUCUUUAAUUGUCUGCCAUGCGCGGGUUUUCAAUGAUUUACUGCAAAACGCGGCUGUGACGCCAGUUAAAAAGCUGCAAUUCCACGCUAGGACAGACGAUUACGGCGUUUUCUGUGCUGCCUUCCACCCCACGCAGCCCUGGUUGUUUUCUGCAGGAGCUGAUAAAACAAUCAGAUUGUACACAUAAGAUUUAUGAAUAAAACCCAACAUUGAUGAUA